CUGGUAAUUACAUGUUAGAUAGUAUCGCAAUCUCGAGUUGUUGCCCCUCCAACUUCGAAAUUUACAGGGAGCUUUAGAGCUUCAAUACUGCUGUAGACACCAACCUAGGUACUUCAAUAGCUUCAAUUGAGAUCAUUCCCAUACCUCAGCGAAGCGCUUGUAAUCAAUUGCCCAAGAUGACGACAAAUGUAGCCUUAGAGACCUCCAUGGGCGUAAUAACAGUCGAACUCUACACAACCCACGCCCCCCAAACCUGCACCAACUUCCGCACCCUCGCGCAGCGCGGGUACUACGACAACUGUCCCUUCCACCGAAUAAUCCCCAACUUCAUGGUACAAACCGGGGACCCAACCGGUACCGGACGCGGCGGGUCCUCCAUCUACGGCGAUACAUUCGCCGACGAGAUCGCACCCGAUUUACGCCACACAGGAGCCGGUAUCCUAUCAAUGGCAAACGCGGGAAAGGAUACAAACGGAUCGCAGUUUUUCCUAACACUAGCGCCGACACCUUGGUUGGAUGGAAAACAUACUAUUUUUGGACGCGUGAGGAGUGGGUUGGCGGUGUUGAAGCGUAUGGGGAUGGUGAAGACGGGGCCGGGGGAUAAGCCGGUGGAGGAGGUUAAGAUUAUUAAGGCGAGGGUGUUUGAGGAUGAUGAAACGGCUUGAUACUUAGGUAUUUCUAAUUGGCCAAGGUGGUAGGCAUCUAGGAGGCAUGUCACGAGGGUGAUGUUUCCGCUACCACGAGAGGGGAUGGUAUUUGCAUGGGCCGGCGUUGGGGGACUUAAAAAGGCACAAUGGUUUACAUAUAGAUACCAAAUCACACGUCACUUUCAUAAAAU